GGGCCCGACGAAGAAAAGCUCCGCGGGGCGGGGGCCGGCGACGGCCGCCCAGGUGCGUUGCCGUGGGGUGGACAGACGCGCGGGGCUCUUGCUCCGCUCGGCGCGUUCCCCUUCGCUGUCCUACUCCAGGCCCGUCCGCCAUUUUGGGAGCCGGGAUUAUAGGGAGAGAAGCGAUAACAAGCGGAGUAACGGUUUGGGAAGCCGUAAAGGGAUGAGGCCCAAGUAGACACGAAGCCGCUCUUCGCCUCCACCAUUUUAAUCUUCCUCCUUGUCGGCCUCGGAAGAAGCGGCUGUCUGAGCACUGCAAACUCGCCAUACCUACACGUAGGUUGUAGGUCCCCGCAUCUGUCCCAAGGAAGAGCCUGAAUUUCGGGAGGCCGGAAGGGAGAGGUGGGAGGUUUUGCCACCAGCCCACACGGCAGAUCUGACUACAGUUACCUGGACAGAAUGACAGACCUGGUGGCAAUCUGGGAAGUAGGGUUAAGUGAUGGCAUUCACAAAAUUGAAUUUGAACAUGGGACCACCUCAGGAAAACGGGUUGUGUAUGUAGACGGAAAGGAAAUAAUGAGAAAAGAAUGGAUGUUCAAGCUAGUGGGAAAAGAGACAUUUACUGUUGGAGCUGCCAAAACAAAGGCUACCAUUAACAUUGAUGCUGUCAGUGGCUUUGCAUAUGAAUAUACCUUGGAAAUUGAUGGAAAGAGCCUCAAAAAGUACAUGGAAAACAGGUCAAAAACAACAAAUACUUGGAUGGUACACCUGGAUGGUACAGAUUUCAGGGUUGUACUAGAAAAAGAUACAAUGGAUGUUUGGUGCAAUGGUAAAAAAGUGGAAACAGCGGGUGAAUUUGUAGAAGAUGGGACAGAAACGCAUUUCAGUAUUGGAAAACAUAACUGUUGCAUUAAAGCUAUCAGUAGUGGAAAGAGAAGGGAAGGAAUUAUUCAUAUGCUUAUUGUAGAUGAUGGAGAAAUUCCAGAAGCUUUGGAAUAGCUUUCAUGUGUUCUGACUUGUAGAUCAGGGAUUUUCAAUUACUGUGGUAAUUGACAACUUAUUAUGUACUUCUUUGUACAUCUAGUUUGUGCUGUUUUUAUUCUCUAGUUACUGUAUAUGAAAUUUCUUGGAGGACCAGAUGAGAAUGUAAACCUAUGUACAAUCUCAAACAUUCCUAGUUAUUUUGUAAAUUAUAUAUAUGGACACAGGAACUUUGAAUAAAUUGUUUAUAUGAAAAAUUUUAAUAAAAAGUGCAGAAUAACAGUGGAUUGUGUUCAUUUAACAGUUAGAGUAUUUUAUUCUUUUCAAAUUCUCUAAGUAUGCUGCCUAUGUUCA